GUGUGGAGAUAGCUUGGAGAAGCCAACACACACACAGAGUCUGGCCAGAGCUGCUUACACAGACGCCUUCCUGGAAUCCCUCCCGUCUCCCUCUCACUCCGACACACUCGCGCACACGCACGGACUUAGUAGCGCACACUACCUCCAUUCCUGGGACACUUUCUCUCCCUCUCUCUGUUGCGCUGGUUGGGACCGUGGUGGGAUAACUGGCACUUUCUGGAAGAACUUCACGACCGUGGGACAGGAAAACAUGGAGAAGGGACCCAACAUCGAGCUUUUCAUAAAGGCCGGCAUGGAUGGCGAGAACGUGGGGAACUGUCCCUUCUGCCAGAGGCUCUUCAUGGUGCUGUGGCUGAAGGGCGUCCGCUUCACCGUGACCACCGUCGACAUGAAGAAGAAACCUGCCGAGCUGAAAGACCUGGCCCCUGGGACCAACCCUCCUUUCCUGCUGUACAACGGGGAGCUCAAGACAGACUUCCUCAAAAUUGAGGAGUUCCUGGAGCAGACGCUGGCCCCUCCCAGGUAUCCCCAGCUGAGCCCGGCGAACAAAGAGUCUUUUGACGUCGGCGCCGACAUCUUUGCCAAGUUCUCCGCUUUCAUCAAAAACAGUCCGAACAACAGCGUCCACGAGAAAGCCCUGCUGCGGGAGUUCAAGCGUCUGGACGACUACCUGAACGCACCCCUCCCCGAGGAAAUCGAUCACAACUCCACUGACGACGUCCUCGUCUCCAGCAGGAAGUUCCUGGAUGGCAACCGGUUGACUUUGGCGGACUGCAACUUGUUGCCCAAGCUCAACGUCAUAAAGGUUGCAGCCAAGAAGUACUGCGACUUUGACAUCCCCGCCGACUUCACCGGCGUGUGGCGCUACCUGCGAAAUGCCUACGAACGGGAGGAGUUCAGCCACACUUGCCCAGCCGACGCCGAGAUCGAGAGGGCCUACCUGAGCGUUGCCAGCAAGAGGAAGUGACCUCCCCCCCUCAGAUCAUCUCCCAUGCUUCUCUUCUCGCUGUCCUGGUUCUCCAACCAGCCUAAACAUCAGUGAAGGACUUGCCCCUUUGAAAGACCUGCUGCCAUAAUGAACCAUCCUCAGGAACAUCAGCUCCAGUAUGUUCCAGUGAAGAGGAUUUAAUUCCCAUCCAGGGUCUUCCAUCCCAUCUCAUGAAGUCCAACAAUUGAAAGGAGAAAAGUUGACCUGAGGGACUCUUGAGCGCAUUUGUUCUUCCAGCAAGAGCAGACUAACAGUGAAAGGCAACAGUAUCAUAGUGAACUUCCUUCCUUUUGCCAUUAAGCCCCAAGAUAAUUCCCAACUUCUGUACGCCGGAGGACAAAAUAAUCUAGUCUGCUGAGACUGGGCAGAGAAUAUUAAAAUGAUACACCACUUUUAGGGGAUUUCUGUAAUACCUUUGAAGAGUCCUGACUCUUGGAGUCACUGCUAUAGAUGAGCACUCAACUGUAUUUGUGUCCAUAGUGUAAAUAUUCAUAAAUAUAUUUUCAUAUAUUCUUUCUACUGAGCACGAGAUGCAAAAUGUGCACACUGACACACUUUUGUGGUAACUUUAAAGUACGUAAAUAAUUGGAAUUAUCAGUGGAGACUUCUUUUCAAUGCUCUUUCGCGAAACAGUUUUAUUGGGUAGUCACUUUGCACAAAUAGUCAAUACGUCUUAUGACAUCUUGUAACAUCCAGUCCUCACUCGGUGCACAAUUAUUAUUGUGUUCUUUUUUUACUUGUGACCAUUUCAGUUUCAAUAAAAUGCAUGUUGCCA